AUAAACCACGACGCACUCAGCAAUUUUCGAGAUUCGCACGCGUAUCACCAAAAUAAUUGGACAGAUUUAUCAAUAAAAAUGAAAGUCACCGAUAAAAGUAACGAGAAAAAGCGGAAAAUCAAGAAAAAACCUAUAGAUAAAAACAAAAAACAGCAAGUAUUGGUCGUCGCGCAAGAAAUCAAAUUUGCCAGAUUACUUUCUGGAAACGAGAAGAAAACGCGUGACCGUGUGCUUAGAGCGUUGAAGAAAUGGCUUGUUAAUUGUUUUGAGAAGAAUUACGAAUUUAAAGAAGAUGACUUCACAAGGGUGUGGAAAGGCCUAUUCUAUGCUGUAUGGAUGUCAGACAAGCCUCUGGUUCAGGAAGACCUCUGCGAGAGCAUCGCCGGCAUCCUGGACCUAUUCCCGACGGAGCAGCUCCCCAGUGCCAUGCUGCUGGCCAAGGCUGGCUUCAAGAUGCUGGCCACCGAGUGGUUCGGGAUUGAUCAGCACCGGAUUGAUAAGUUUCUUAUGCUCGUGCGUCGCUACCUCCGCGGCGCCCUGCGCUGUGUGCACCGCAGCGGCUGGACGGAGGACGCCUGCAACCAGUUUGCCAACAUGCUCGCCGGCAAGGAUGGCUUGCUGUCGUUGAAAACGCCCCUGUACGCGCGCAACGCCAACUCCCUCGUGAUACACAUCGCCGACUGUUAUCUGGAAGAAAUCUCCAAGGUGUCAUCCGGAGAGAUAUCCCCAGAGUCCCUGGUGAUCCUGCUCCGGCCGUUCAUAGCGUACCUGAGCCAGGGCUCCGCCCCGGCCAUAUGCAUCGCUUCCAGGAGGGUGCUGACUGAGCUGCUCAAACACGGAGACACAGAGGACGCAGAAGACGCUGAGGAGGACGAUGAUGAUGAUGAUGAACAAGGUUCAGACGAAGAAGAUGCUGCAGAUGACGAAAACGGAGAUGAUGACGAUGAAGUGAUGACCAAUGGAGCCCUGGACCCCCGCGCGGGCCUCGUGGACGUGGUGCUGCGCCCGCUGCCGGUGCCGGCUGUAGAGCUCGUCGCUGUGCUCAAGCAGCACUUAGUGCACGCUAAGGGCGCCGGGAACCGCCGCGCGCGCCGCUGCAUACAGCUAUUGGAGCAGUUCUCAUCGGGCUCGCACCCGUUCGCGCCCCCCUCCCCCGCCCUGGACGUGGGCCCCCCCCUCAAACCCACCAAGACCGCUAAAGCUCUGCGGGCUCUGGAGAAGAAACUCGUCGCUAACGGAGACGAACUGGCCUUAAGAGGUCUGAGCCGGAAGCACCGGAAGCGGCUGCUGGCCAAGUCCCGCGCCGGUCUCUCCAUCGUCGAGGACGUGCAGACAACCAAGCAGAAACCCAAGACAUCCAACGGCGAUUGGCAAGUUGAAGAGACGGGAGCAGUUAUUAAAAACAAGACGAAACUGAAACGGGCCAACAAAGAGAACGAGGCGGAACCUAUAAACAAAAAACAGAAGCUUAACAAAGUAGAAAACACGGGAAGUCAGGAGAAAAAAGUGAAAAACAAUGUUAAGAAACAGAAAAAUGAUAAGGUAAAAGAUAAUGUUAAAAAUAAUGUUAAACCGGUGAAGAAUGAUGUUAAGGAUGUUAAAAAUAGUGUUAAGAAAGUUAAAAGUAAUGUUAAAGACGCUAAGCAUAAUGUUAAGGAAGUGAAAAACAGUGGUAAAGUGACAAAUGAUUUAAAAGUUAAAAAUAGUGUUAACAUAGUUAAAGCUAGUGUUAAAAAUGUUAAUGUUGCUGAUAAAAAAGUAAAUAAAUUAAGUAAAAAAGAAAUAACUAAACACGCUAAAAAUGGCGAAGCUAAAUUGCUGGUUAAUAACAAAGUUAAGAAAUUUCAAAAGCAAGAUAAGAAUACUGGUUUGAAUUCCAUGUCUACGCCAAAAAAGGUGAAAUUUGUGUUGAAAAACAACUCGAUGCAAGGAACGGUGGACUAUUACAAGAGCAUAAGGGAGAGCCCAAAUAUACCUUUCGACAGUUCGAAAAGGCCGAGUAAGACGAAUUUAAAAGUAUCGACGCCAUCACCGAUAAAUCCUUUUUUUAAGAAGAAAAUGACGAGACGAGCGAGUUUUGGAGCGCAAAUUGUGUUUUAAAAUUUAGAAUAAUUUGUAAUAUUUCAUUAAAUAAGUAUUAUUAGAGUUAGACCAAGACAAGUCUGCAACGAUUUUAACAGCAUUCGCUGUGCUAGUGUUAUUUAUACGUCAUAAUUUCAUAGAAGAUUGACGUUUAAAAUAACACUUGUCUGACCUGUCUUGGUCUAACUCAAGCACCACUUGCACCAUUCCACUAACCCAGGGUUAACCGGUUAAACCGCUAACCCGGUGUAAAAUUUUACUGGUAACCAUGGUAACUCCAGGUUUAACCGGUUAAACCGUUAACACAGUGUCAAAUUGUACUGGGCAACCAUGGUAAAUCCAAAUUUACCCUGGUUAGGUGAAUGGUACAAGUGUUGCAAGUAUUGAUUUAACCCGGAUGUUUUUAGAAUAGAAUUUUUCUAACCUCAUAAGUAUUGGUAAUUAUUUUUUUCUUCCGAAACAUGGUAUCUAAUUUUGCGGUACAAUAAUAAAACGACACUAAAAUUCAGUGCAUAAUCACUAUUAAUUACUCUGAUUUAAUUUCGGAGGAAAAAAGUAACUACUACUUUUGAGGUUAUAAAAUUUCUAAUCUGAAAACGAAAAAAACGGACUAUACUCGGUAAUACUUUGUUGAAAAGUAAUUGUUUUUAUUUCCAUACUUUGAGUAAACACUAUGUUUAACAAGUAUGAAAUUUUAUGAAAUGAAUUUCUUGUAAUUGUAAAUUUUUAAUAGUUGAAUUGAUAGUAAUUGAUAGUUUUAUUUAAACUUACUUGAGAAAUAAAAUAGGUUGGUAAACAUAAUAUAACAUGAACAUAAUACAAAUUAUGUAAACAUAAUCAUAAGGCUGUCAAUUUGAGCUUUUUAUUAUUGUUGAUGUACAUAAGUGAGGUUAUGUUUUCAAUAGUAAAUUGAUCGAAAUUAUUUCGAUUAAAAAUGUUGGUUAUUUCAUAUAAUUCUUGCAUAAUAAGCCCUGUGGUGCUCCGGGUGUCCAUGAGCGACGAUGAUUGCUUACCAUUAGGCGAAUCAGCUACUCGUUUGACACCAGUAUCAUUAACAAAAUCCCUAAGGCGAAGUAAUUUAUUUACCGAAAUUCGACUUUAUAAUACCAAUUUUUUAUUACGGCUGAAAAAUCUAAAUUAUACUUUCGUGAGACAUAUUUUAAACUGUUUAGACAACGGUUUCACUAACUUGAAAUUUUAGUCGCUAUAGGCGACAUGUUUUGGGCCCGUCGGAGGUCCUUCCUCAGGGUCGAGUGCUCGUAGCGGUUGCACUUCGUGCACUGAGGGCACACACAAUAUAUGUUGGCGAUGGCUGAUUGCUCUAAUAGCACAGAAUAAAUAAUAAUAGUACUACCGUACAGAAAUGACACUUCCUACGAACCCGAAGUUUGACAGCGGUUCAGGCUCGAAUCAUGGUCUCCCUUUCUAAUAUAUGGCACUAUCCCUUUCGGCAAUUUAGGGUUGUCAAAAUUCAAGUGAUUAUCUUAUCUGUGGUCUUGCACGCAAAAGGAAGUCAAGUGGUGCCAACCGUAAUAAUUGCUCGGAGCAAUGCUAAGCCGAACGGAGCCGAGUUCGACCGAAGUGAGGAGUGUCUCCCCACUGCUAAUAGCGACUAAAAAUUCAAGUGAGUGUAACCGUGUCGUCUAUACAGUAUGGCUGGAAAAUUAUGUUGGUGUUUUGAUGUUAACUAGAUGUUUUGAAUUAAGUUUGUGUAUAGAUGUCGCUAGUUGAGUCGCGAGUGUAAGAUAUUAAAUAAAUGCACUCAAUUUUA